AUGGUGCGCAAGAAAUCAGCCAGCGCGAAUCUGCAAAAACUGCUAGAGCGGCCCUGGUGCUAUUACUGCGAGCGCGACUUUGAUGAUCUCAAGGUGUUGAUCUCGCAUCAGCGCGCGCUGCAUUUCAAAUGCGAGCAUUGUAAUAAGCGGUUGAAUACCGCGGGUGGCUUGGUUAUUCAUGUUCAGCAGAUGCACAAAGAGACAAUAACACAGGUUUACAACAGUAUAGAAGGGUGUCCGCGAGGACGCCGGCAUAGAAAUCUUCGGACUGGAAGGAAUCCCCCCGAAGCCAUCAAAGAGCACGAAAAGCGUUUACGAGAAAAGUUCAAGAUCCCAGACACAGUCAGCGCGGUCAGCAAGCCGGCCUAUCUCUCUGCUGCUGCUGCUUCUGCUCGAGAGUCGCUGUCGCCGCCGCCGAAAGCGGCGGGCGCGGCGAAGUUCAAGAUUACAAAGGUUGAUCGCGAGGAUAUCCAGGCGCGGUUAAAGGCGUUUGUUGCAAAGAAGAAGGCGGAGAGGGAGGCUGCUGCGACAGAAGGGGUUGAAGUGAAGACCGAGGAGGUUGAAGUGAAGACUGAAGUCGCGACUUGA